UCACAUUUUAACUCAAAUCUAUUUUCAUUUUAAGGGAGAAAUAGAAAAAUUUUCAUAAUUUCAGCUUGAAUUCCACGUGAAAUCAAACUACUAGGUGCCGAAUCUGCUGCUGGCACUCAUCAAGUUCGACAUCACAACUACUAUUUCUCUGCUUUAUAUCACAAGUUUAAAUUUUACUCUUUUAUCUCUACUUUGUUAUUUUCAAGAAAUUGGAGUAACAAAAAGAUGGCCAGAGCCUCUUCUCUGAGCUCUAUGCAACCAUGGGUACUCGUUGUUUUGUCGGCGUUUCUUCAACUGAUUCCGGGAUUGGCGGAUGACUCGUCAUCUUCAAAUUCUGGAACGAAAGCUCCGAGUCAUUCAUCCAGUAGCUCUACCAGAGUAGUCGUUCUUGGUUUGUGUCUCGGGAUGUUGGCUCUUGUUGGAUUUGCUUUUGUUCUCUUCAAGAUAUGGCAGAAGAAGAGGAGAGAGGAGCAGCAUGCCCGUCUGCUGAAGCUUUUCGAAGAAGAUGACGAUCUCGAGGUUGAGCUUGGCAUCAGGGAUUGAUGAAGAACAUUGCUUACCAAUGUACUCAUAUAUAAAUUUAGUAAAGGUGCGCUACCACUGAAUUCGACAUGUGCAUUUACUUUCAUUUUGAGCUUUUUGUCGGGAUUGACUAGUUUUAUGAGCGUUUAUAAACGAAUUACCAGUAUAGUUUACCAUAGUCAUCUUUGAAAUUGACCAGAUCAUGAUUCAAAGUAUCACUUCGGGUUAUUCAUCUA